UCCCACCCCUUCACUGCAGAGAGCUGUGGCACCAUGCACGGCGGGCAGAGGCCGCUGCUCCUCCUGCCACUGCUGGCUGUCUGCCUGGGAGCCCAGGGCCGGAACCAGGAGGAGCGUCUGCUCAGGGACCUGAUGCACAACUACAACCCCCACCUGCGGCCCGCGGAGCACGAGUCGGACGUCGUCAACGUCAGCCUGAAGCUCACCCUCACCAACCUCAUCUCUCUGAAUGAGCGAGAGGAGGCCCUCACCACCAAUGUCUGGAUAGAAAUGCAGUGGUGUGACUACCGCCUGCGCUGGGACCCACGUGACUACGACGGCCUGUGGGUGCUUCGGGUGCCGUCCACCAUGGUGUGGCAGCCAGACAUCGUGCUCGAGAAUAACGUGGAUGGCGUGUUCGAGGUGGCCCUCUACUGCAACGUGCUUGUGUCUCCCGAUGGCUGCGUCUACUGGCUGCCGCCCGCCAUCUUCCGCUCCUCCUGCCCCGUCUCCGUCACCUACUUCCCCUUCGACUGGCAGAACUGCUCCCUCAUCUUCCAGUCCCAGACCUACAGCACCAACGAGAUCAAUUUGCAGUUGAGCCAGGAAGACGGUCAGACCAUUGAGUGGAUUUUCAUCGACCCUGAGGCCUUCACAGAAAACGGGGAGUGGGCCAUCCGGCACCGGCCAGCCAAGAUGCUGCUGGAUGAGGCGGCACCCGCCGAGGAGGCUGGCCACCAGAAGGUCGUCUUCUACCUGCUCAUCCAGCGCAAGCCCCUCUUCUACGUCAUCAACAUCAUCGCACCCUGUGUGCUCAUCUCCUCUGUGGCCAUGCUUAUCUACUUCCUUCCUGCCAAGGCGGGUGGUCAGAAGUGUACCGUCGCCAUCAACGUGCUCCUGGCCCAGACCGUCUUCCUCUUCCUUGUGGCCAAGAAGGUGCCUGAGACCUCCCAGGCGGUUCCGCUCAUCAGCAAGUACCUGACCUUCCUCCUGGUGGUGACCAUCCUCAUUGUUGUCAACGCUGUGGUCGUGCUCAAUGUGUCUUUGCGGUCCCCCCACACACACUCCAUGGCCCGAGGGGUCCGCAAGGUGUUCCUGCGGCUCUUGCCCCAGCUGUUGAGGAUGCACAUUCGCCCACUGGCCCCAGCGGCUGUGCGGGACGCCCGGCCCCAGCUACAGAAUGGCUCCUCCUCGGGGUGGUCGAUCACAGCUGGGGAGGAGGUGGCCCAUCGCCUGCCCCGCAGUGAACUCCUCUUCCGGCAGCGCCAGCGCAAUGGGCUGGUGAGGGCAGCGCUGGAGAAGCUGAAGAAAGGCCCGGAGUCAGGGCAGAGCCAGGAAUUGUGUGGCAGCCUGAGGCAGGCUGCCCCGGCCAUCCAGGGCUGUGUAGAAGCCUGCAACCUCAUUGCCCACGCCCGGCACCAGCAGAGUCAUUUUGACAGUGGGAACAAGGAGUGGUUCCUGGUGGGCCGAGUGCUGGACCGAGUCUGCUUCCUGGCCAUGCUCUCACUCUUCAUCUGUGGCACUGCUGGCAUCUUCCUCACAGCCCACUACAACCGGGUGCCUGCCCUGCCAUUCCCUGGAGACCCCCGCUCCUACCUACCCGCAUCUGACUGAGCCAACCAAUUGCAGCUGGCCAUGUGGAGUCUUAUCAGCUGUGUUUUGCUGCUGAGGUCAUGAGUAUGCUCUUUGGGAAGCAUCCUUCUGGGCCAUGUGAGCCAACAGGUCCUGAGAAAAGCUGGGGAAAUAAAGAGACAGAGCUGG